GGUGCGGCCGGGCGCUCGUUUCCUCCUCGGCCGCCAUUUUGUAGCGCAGAGCCCCCGCGAAUAAAGAGCGGGAGGGAGCGGCGCGCGGGGACGCGCGGCCGGCAGGAGGACGGGGAGGGGGGCACGGGACGCGGCGCGGCGGCGGCUACGACCACAACGACAACAGCGACGGCGGUGGCGACCCCUGGCCUCCGGAGCGGCGGAGCCCCGCUGGAGCCGGCUGCGAGGCGCGGCGGCGGUUCGCCCUCGAUGUGACGGGCGCGGCCCGGGCAGCUAGCGUGCUGGGAGAGCGGCGCCUCCGCACCGCGGGCCGCAGAGUUCACAAUGACGAAUGAAGAACCUCUCCCGAAGAAGGUUCGCCUUAGUGAAGCAGAUUUUAAGGUUUUGCCUAGAGAUGAGCUUAUCCUAAGGUGGAAACAGUAUGAAGCAUAUGUGCAAGCUUUGGAGGGCAAGUACACAGAUCUUAACUCUAAUGAUGUGACGGGAUUGAGAGAAUCUGAAGAGAAGUUGAAACAGCAACAGCAAGAAUCCGCCCGAAGAGAAAAUAUUCUGGUCAUGAGGCUGGCAACUAAAGAACAGGAGAUGCAAGAGUGUACUAAUCAGAUUCAGUACCUCAAGCAAGUCCAGCAGCCUAGUGUUGCCCAACUGCGAUCAACAAUGGUGGACCCAGCCAUCAACUUGUUUUUCCUAAAAAUGAAAGGUGAACUGGAACAGACUAAAGACAAACUGGAACAAGCCCAAAAUGAACUGAGUGCCUGGAAAUUUACGCCUGAUAGCCAAACAGGCAAAAAGUUAAUGGCGAAGUGUCGAAUGCUUAUCCAGGAGAAUCAAGAGCUUGGAAGGCAGCUGUCCCAAGGACGUAUUGCACAGCUUGAGGCAGAGUUGGCUUUACAGAAGAAAUAUAGUGAGGAACUUAAAAGCAGUCAGGAUGAGUUGAAUGACUUCAUCAUCCAGCUUGAUGAGGAGGUAGAGGGUAUGCAGAGUACCAUUCUAGUUCUUCAGCAGCAGUUGAAGGAGACUCGCCAGCAGUUGGCACAGUACCAGCAGCAGCAGUCCCAGGCCUCCAACCCAGGUACCAGCAGGACUCCAUCUUCUGAGCCUACAGACCAGGGAGAGGCUGUGGGUAAAGACUGCAGCCGCCUGGCUAAUGGACCAAGCAAUGGUAGCUCCUCCCAUCAGCGGACGUCUGGGCCUGGAUUUUAUAGGGAGGGUAGCAGCACAGAAGAUGACUUCCCGGCUUCUCCAGGGAAUGGUAAUAAGCUGUCCAACCACUCUGAAGAUAGAACUGGUAGAGGAGGUGGUAGCUACAUAAACCAACUCAGUACUGGGUAUGAAAGUGUAGACUCUCCCACUGGCAGUGAAAACUCUCUCACUCACCACUCAAAUGACACAGACUCCAAUCAUGAUCCUCAAGAGGAGAAAACAGUGAGCAUGAAAGGUAACAGAACUGUGGGUUCUCGUCAUGUCCAGAAUGGUUUGGACUCCAGUGUAAAUGUGCAGGGUUCAGUUUUGUAACAUUUUUCUGCAACAUUUUUAUACAGUGUCAUUUAAAUUGGGAGAGGAUACUGUCCAGAAGCCGUUUAAAUUAGUGCAUACUUGUCACAAUUUUUGCCUUUUUGUGGGUUUCUUUUUGCUUCAAUACCUCUGCCACUUUGGAAAUUUUAACAGUUAAUUACGUUGAAUGUUGCUAAAAAGACGUUUGUGUAGUUCAAGUUAUUUUUAUAUGAGUUAAUGUGAAGUUGAAAUGGAAAUUAUUUCCAUAAAGUAUAACAUAAAUGAUGUCUGUACAAAUCUGUGUAUAUCUAGAACCUGUGCUGUGUAAGGGCAUUCUUACUCAUACUGUUAUACUCACACCACCUUCAAGAUUUGUCAUAAUAGCUGUGGGUUUAUGACUGCCAAGUUUGCCCAGUACAGUAGUUUUAUCACUAAAAGAUGGACUUACUGAAGGAGUCCUGUAGUAGUUUCAGUGUUAAUUACAGUUUUUCCCACCAUACAUCUGUGCAUUUUCUCCUUAGGUGACCGAAUGUUUAUGAAUUGUGUGCAUAGUUACUCAGUUUUUAAGAACUGUUGUAUCCUGUUUAUGCAUAUUGCUCUGUGACUCCAAUAUUAUCUUACCUGUACUGACCAAACCUAAAUAAAAACUUUUAAUAAUGU